GUCAUCUGCCAAACGUUCGGCACGAUUGUACCGGUGCUAAUAGAUAAAGGUUGUUCCCUCAAAGCUAGCGGACCCGUCCGUAGUGACAGACUCUCGAAACGAUGAAUCUGUUAGCGGUAACUCUAGUGAUACUUUGCCUGGCACCGCCCAUUACCGCAGCACCGUGCGACGAACAGGUCGACAUCGAAGAUCGGGUGUGCACCGAUACCGAGUACGAGGCGUACCGGAAAUGCAUCGAAGAGACGAAGGCUUUACGUGCGAAGCGUCAAACGACGACGGGAUUACCGUGCCCGCUGGCACAACCCAUACUGCCUGUGAUACAGACGGAACGCCCGUUUGAGGUGCUGGUACCGGUGGAACCGCUUAAGAUCAUCCGUCAGCCAACGCUCAAAAGUCUGGACCGAACGAUCAUCGUGCGUACGGAGCAGAACGAGGAUGAUGAAGAGGAUGGAGGUGCGGAGGACGACAGUAUGUACUACCACCUGCCAACCAACGUGACGACCAUUAUCCGGCUAACGGCCGUCGUGAACAACACGAACCACAUUCACAUGCCAACGACACUCAACAACACGAACGUGAACAACAUCCACAUCUACAGUAACCAAACCAACGGGGAAGGGCCACAGAACGCCGCCACCGAUCAGCAAUGCUGCACGGCCGUACGACCGAAGAGUUGCCACACGACGGAGCAAGGCAUUCGCUGCCAGCAUCGUCGGUUCCGCACCUGCGGACCACAGUGUACGGCGCCGAUCAUACAUGUGCAGAAGCGAAAGCGCUGCCAGCCGUCAAUGGGCAACUGCGAGGAGAAGAUAGCGUACGUUCCGCAGCCCGUUAAACCGACCUGCGUCUACAUUGACCAGUGGCCGUACGUGGUUUGUGGGAAGAUUGCCAAUAUGACUGUGGUGUGUGCCGGGUGCUACGAUCAUUACGGGCAGGGCCGCGAGGCGUACCAAGCGCGAUUCAAUAUGCAGCAGGAGUGUAUCGGGUGCUAUGACGAUGCGUUCGAUACGGGACCACUCUAUCGGCGUGGUCCCGUGUUGCGUCCCUUCUACUACCACGAGACACCGUGCUAUCUAACCGGCGAUUGCCCGGAAUCGUUCGAUGAUUGUGGGUACGGUUGCUACGGUCACGAGCUGAUCGAUCCCGUGUGGGGUUCAAAGGAGGUGGAGUCAGAUUCCAAACCAGCAGUGGACCCGGCCACCAACGUGGUGUACGUUUCGGACGAUUUGGAGGUUUCGCAGCAGCCGUCCAGUGACUGGGGUACACCGACUUACAAAUGUGCGGUGGCGGAUGGUGAUAAGAUCACGGUGACGAACUGUACCGGCAAGAUUAACAAUCCGUUCGUUGUGGCUCCGGCGGUACACCCAUAUUACAAGGCGGUACAGUUGGAUUCGCUAGAGCAACGCGAAAGAACUACCGAAGCAUCGUCACCUCCGAUGGAAACCAUAGAUAUUGACGAUGAUGGCGCGGACGGUUCUGGGGAAGUGGACAACAAUGAAGUUUUCCUCGUUGGAGACUACGAGGAUCCAGAUUUUAAUUUGUAAAAUUACAAAUACAUCACAA